AUGAAUUUGAAGGAUUGCUGGCACACAAUUUUGGUGAGUGUCGAUUUUUAUUGAUUUCAAAGAUCUGAAAACAUAUGAUUUCAGCCCAUUCAAAGAAAUUCGCGGCGAUUCCACCAAUCCUCGACAGAAAACAUAAUGAAUGCCUCGACUAACAAUCAAGUUUUCCCAUUUGUGGGCACAAAGGUUCGGUGAGUUUUAAAAUUUUCAAUUUGAAUACCCCAAAUAUGAUAGAUUUCAGCCAAAUUGCUCGAGGCAAAUACAACCACACCGAAGAAGAGAUAACAUUACCGUGGUGCAUCGAUCGGUGCUUGCAGAAUAUUUAGCACACAACCUUGGUGAGUGACAAUUUUUUUGAUUUCAAAAAUUCAAAAAUGAAUAAUUUCAGCCCAAUCAAAUUUGAGGCGAUUCCAACAAUUUGA